AUGAGUCGUGUGCUUAGAUAUUAAAAAAAGAAGAAGGAUGAUGGUAGAUACUUAAUUAAUUGAAUAGGACCACUAGUGAAAAUAAACUUCGCAAAAUUUCCUAAUUUACCAAAAAUAAGGGAAGAAGAAGAUAAAUUAUAAGGUUUUAUUAAUUCUUUUGAAUCUGAUAGCUAGUAACUUUUAAUCAUCAAAAUAGGUUGUCUUUAUAGGAGAGAUCAUGUUAAUUGAGAACAAUGACUGCAUCUUUUUCUAGAGGGUUAAAAACUACUUCAAGUUCAAGGGACAGAAAGGAGUAAAAAAAGGUUGAUGAGAAUUAUACAAUUUAUGGAUUGUCAAAGAUAAAAACAGCGAGAAGUCCAUUAUAAACAUAAAGAUAAACUCCGAAUCCAUAUGAAACUGAAUAAAAAUUAGAGCGAUCAAAUGAAGAGUGGUUUUAAUAGUCUCUAAUUUCAGAAGCACCUUAAGCAAAAGUGUUGUUUUUUAAUUAAAGAAAAAAGUAUACUGAAAUACAUAUAUAGAUCUUUCUUGUGGGAAGAUGCAAAAGUCAUAAAUUAUAAUCAGGAUACUUAAAGAUUUCUAGUAUAAAAAUAUCCCGAUGGAUCAACGAAAUCAGUUGAAAGACUAUCAAUUAAAUUUAUUAAUUAAGAUGAAGAUUUAUUUAGAGCAGCAACAGUAAGAAGGUUUUUAUUUAAUUUUAUAAAAUUAUAGUUAGAAUAUUAGAUAACAUUAAAAGGAAGAAAUGAAAAAGCUUAGGGAGAUUAAUGCAAUAAGUGAUAAUGAAGUCAAUAAAGCCCCCCAAUCUUUAAUAAAUUCACUUGUGAGUAAAUUUUAAAAUACUAAAAAGCAGAAUCUAGUUGAAGCUCUGCUUGAAGAAGUUAAUUAAAACUAUUUACUUUUUUAAAAAAAAUGUUCAUUUAUUGGAGAUACCGUUAUUUAUAAAUAGAUUUCUAGAGUUGAACAAAGAUAUCAAUUUUUCUCUACUUUAUAAAGUAACCUAGAGAAAGAAGCUAUUCUAAUAAGAAAGGAUGGUUACAAAGCUAUGAAAUAAUUGCUUUUUAGAUUAAAUUAAAUCAAUAUUGAAAUAAUUCAUGAGAGAGAUUUUAAGUUCCCAAUUAUACUUAAUAAAUUUGAUGCUGCUCUUGAAAUGGAAGGAAAAGAGAUUAAGAAAGAGGUUAGAAGGGAAAAGUUCUAUAUUUAAUCAGAUUUGUAAGAUAUUUUAGGUUAAAAUUAUAAAUUUGUGGAAUCAAAUCGAAAACGCUAUUAUGAUUGUGGGUUGUCAAAAAUAUUAACUAGAGUUGAUCUGAUGUAUUAAUAAAUUAUAAAAGAAAAGGUUCUACAUUAGUUUAAUUACACAAAAGAAUUUUAUGAAAGUUUUUUACUAAAUUCUCAAUUUCACAAGCCUUUAAAAUAAAAGCCAUUGCUUUAAUUGCAUGUGCAAUGUAUAGUGCAAGUACCUGUAAAAAAAUCAAUGAGAAAAUUAAUAAAAGAUUCGAUAAAAGGAGAUGAGGAGAUAAUUUAUAUUGAGCCAAAUUUGUAAUCAAUCUUAACAGCCUUCAUGAAGCCAUUUGAUUUCCUUUAUCAAUUAAUAAUAGAAGGUUGUUGUAUUUAAAGUGAAAUCAUGACCUUAUUAUUACUGGAGAAAAAAAAGAUAUCCACUGUGAUGGACUUUGCUUAACUGAACUCAAUCAAAGAAUAAACGAUUAAUCUGAUUUCAAACGAGUAUAAAUCUUGUGAUGAUAUUGCUAAAUACUAUACUAAAUACUCUCGUUACCUCAAAGCUUUCCGCUCAAAAGAUUUAUAUGAUGUAUUUGGCUUGGAUCCUAAGGAAGCAGCCAUUCUAAGUUAGAUGAAUUUCUCAUCGAUUGAGAGUUACUUGUAUGAGUUAAAGGAGUCCAAAUUAGACAUACUUUAAUUCCAUUAGAAUCAGAAACGAUUUGGUUUGUUUUCUUUGAAUAUCUAUGAGCUUAAACACACUUUGGUUGAACGGAUUAAUGAUUAACAGAUAUAGAUUUUUAAUGUAAAUUCAUGUAUUUAAUUACAAUAGAAAAUCCAAGAGAUUCUGAAACAUAACAUCUAAUAAAUUAAAAAGUAAUUUUAGGUAAUGAGGGAAAAGAGUCAAUAGAUUCCACAAACAGAAUAGGAAUUGAUGGAAUUAAAAUUGUUCUUAGGUGAAAUUAAAGUAGAUUUCUCAAGAAUGCAAUUUGAAGUUCAAUUUGUGUAAAUAUCUAAUCAAUAUUCUUUAUAGAGAAUAAUACAUAAAUUUAUUUGAAGAGUUUUAUAUACCUUUUGACUUUUAGUUGGUAAUCGAUUAUUAUGAAUUAAUCUAUUUACCAAAAGAUAUUUCUGACAUCAUCGAAGCUAAUAAAGCAGUUCUGAAAUAACAAGAAGACAUCUUUUUAAGAAGAUUACAUAAUGACAAAUAAGAAUUCAUAGCCAAGAUUUUAUAAAUGCAAACAACAUUUACAAAAAUUAAAUCAUAUUGUUAGUAUGAAAAGCUAAAGGAAAAUAUUAUUGAGAUCAAAAGAUUCUAAGAAUAAAUUGAGAAUUCCAAAGAGAUAAUAUCUGAGUUCAAUCUCAGAGAGCUUACAUUUCAAAUAGGUGUAACAAUUUACAGAGAGUUUGAGAAUUUAGUCCAUGAGUUCUAACCUUACUAUCAAUUUUGGGAUUUAGCAGUAUAAUUAUUAUAUGUUAUAAUUAGUAAAGAUUUGAUAUUUAAAAAGAGUAAUGGUUAUCUAUGUCAAUUAAAUAAUUAGAUCAUCUAGAUAUGUAAUUAUUGAUGUAACAAUUCAAUAAUGAAGCUAUCUCAAUUUUUAAUUACUUUAGUGAUAUUCUAGAUGAUAAUGCACAGAGUUUGGUAAGAAAUUUAAGAAGAUAACUGGAUUAAUUCAAGGAUAACAUUUGGAUAGUUGAAUCGCUGGCUAUUGAAGCAUAUAAAAGAAAGCCCAUUUUCUGGAAAGAUCUAUUUAGAGAAUGUUAAUUUCCUUAAUUGGAAAAUAAAGAGGAGAUUACCAUAUCUAAUUUACUGAAAAAGGGUAUUUUAAAUUAUAAAGAUGUUGUAUUGAAGUUGUCUUCUUAGGCGGAGAAGAGUUGGAGUGUUGAGAAGAGAUUAAAUGAGAUGUUUGAUAAAUUGUCAAUAAUAGAGUUGGAAUUAUAAGUUUAUAAGGAUACAUUUAUUUUUAAAAACUAUGAGGAUGUAAUGGCUUAAUUAGAUGAACAAUUAAAUGUAUUGAAUAUUCUUAAGGCUCAACCUCAUGCUAAGUUUGUUAUUAUCAAGGCUGCUUAAUUGGAAAAUAAGAUACUACUCAUUUAAGACACUCUUGAUUAGGUUAUGAAAUGUUAGAAGCAUUGGAUUUAUUUAGAUCCAAUAUUUGCAAGUGAUGAUAUUAAAUUAAAGUUAAAAUAAGAGACUUUAGAUUUUAAGAGAAUAGAUCAGUCAUAUAAAAAUUAUAUGAUCAUCCUGAAUAAAAAUAAAUUGCUAUGGGACUAGAUUGAGAAUGAUAAAAUGAAAUAAGACUUUGCGUACAAUGUAUAAAUGUUGGAUCAAAUAUAAAAAAGUUUAACAAAAUACUUAGAAUCCAAGAGAAUAUUAUUUCCUCGUUUCUAUUUUGUAUCAGAUGAGGAAUUAGUUGAAAUUUUGGCUUAAACUAAAAAUCCAUAGCAAGUAUAGAAACAUAUAUUCAAAUGUUUUGAAAAUAUAUCAGAAUUGAAGAUAGUAGAUAAUGAAGUCAUUACUGCAUUUUAUUCAAGUCAUCAAGAGAAGAUAUUAUUAGAUGAUGUAAUCAAUUUGAAGAAGGGAAACAAGAUAGAAAAUGUAGAGAGCUGGCUAUCUGAAUUUUAAACAAGAAUGCAGAAAACAGUAAAAAAAUCUAGUUGUAAUGCUUUGAAAGAUUUGAAUUCAACUAAGUUGGAGAUUAUCAAUAAAUGGCCUGGUUAAAGUGUUCUAUUGAGUAACCAAAUAAAAUGGACAAGGAACACAGAGGCUUCAAUUAGAUAACAAUAGAAAUUGAAUUUAAAAUUGUUACUCUAAUUAUUAAACAAGGAAUUAUAGACAACAGUAGAUUUAGUUAGAAAUGAGACCAGGCUGAUUUAGAAAACAACUUUAGAAGCGAUGGUAAUUUAAGAAGUCCAUAACAAAGAUGUUGCUUAAUUAUUGUUAAACUAAUAGAUCGAAGUCAUUAACUCAUUUUUAUGGAUUUCUUAAUUAAGAUAUUAUUUUAAUGAUGAGAAUUCAAUUUAGGUUCGAAUGGUUAAUUCAUCUUUUGAGGUAUUUCAUAUUAUAAUAUCGAUUAGUAUGGAUAUGAAUAUUUGGGAAAGAUCUAGAGGCUAGUCAUUACGGCUUUGACUGAUAGAUGCUAACGGACAUUAAUGGAAGCUUAUAAAAUGAAUUAUGGAGGUGCUCCUGAAGGUCCAGCAGGAACAGGUAAAACUGAAACUGUAAAGGAUUUGGCAAAAGCAAUGGCAAGACCAUGUAUUGUUUUUAAUUGUUCAGAUGGAUUGAACUAUAUAGCAAUGGGUAAAUUCUUUAAAGGAUUGGUUACAUCUGGAUCAUGGUGUUGUUUCGAUGAAUUUAAUAGAAUUGAUCCUGAAGUUCUAUCCGUUGUUGCAUAGUAGAUAUUUACAAUUCAGAAGGCAAUUAAACUAAGAUAGGAGGCAUUUAUAUUUGAAGGGGAAGAAAUAAAUCUAGUACCUACUUGUGCAAUAAACGUGACUAUGAAUCCUGGGUAUGCUGGAAGAUCAGAACUACCUGAUAAUCUGAAAAUACUAUUCAGACCAUGUGCUAUGAUGGUUGCUGAUUAUGAAAUGAUUGGAGAGAUAUGUCUAUAUAGUAUUGGAUUUGAAAGGGCUAGAGAAUUGAGUAAGUAAAUAGUUACAUGUUUAAAGUUGUGCAAUGAACAAUUGUCAUCUCAAGAACAUUAUGAUUUCGGAAUGAGAACUUUGAAGGCAGUAUUAAAUUCGAUUAAGAAUACUAGGAAUGGAACAGAACAAGAGAAGUGCCUGACUGCUUUGAUUAUUGUUAAUCAACCUAAAUUGGUGAAGAAUGAUAUUGAAUUAUUCAAGGCCAUCACUCAGGAUUCAUUCCCAAAUGUUUAAGAAUAGGAGAUGGAUAAAUUAAAUAAUUUUUAGUAGUAAACUGAAAAUAUGAAAUUGAUAUAUUAUGAAACUUUGGCAAUCAAAUGUGAAUAGAUACACAACAGUAUUGAAGUGAGAAACGGAGUAAUGUUGGUUGGUCAAACAUUCUCUGGUAAAUCAACAUCCUUAUAGAUAUUAUCCCAUUUAUUGAAAGCUACAAUUUUAAAAUUAAAUCCAAAGGCUAUAAAUUCCGAUCAAUUAUAUGGCAAGUUGGAUCCAGAUACAAAGUAAUGGUCAGAUGGAGUAGCUCCCAUAUUGAUGAGAGAGAAUAUUCAAAGAGAGAAAUAUGUUUGGAUCGUUUUCGAUGGGCCAGUGGAUUCUAUAUGGAUUGAAAAUCUUAAUACUGUUCUGGAUGAUAAUAAAAAGUUAUGUUUAACAUCAGGAGAGAUUCUGAAAAUUCCAGAGAGAAUGUGCAUGAUUUUUGAAGUUGAGAAUCUGUCUGCUGCAUCACCAGCCACUGUCUCUAGAUUGGGUAUGAUCUAUUACAGUAUUUUUGAUUGGAGAUACCUUAUAGAUAAUGUAAGAUUGCCGAAUCAUUUUGAUCACAAAUACUUCAUUAAGAGAAUCAAAUAGUAUUAUUAAUUUAUAUUCAUUAUAGUCUCCUAGAACAUUCAUUGGCGUGGAUGCAAAAAUAUGCCUAAUUUCCUGUUUAUGAUCAAUAAAAUAUAUUAGUCAGUUCAUUCUUGAAAUUGUUCUAGAAGUUGAUGUCUUAAUUGGACUAAAAUGAAAGUGAUACAUUUGUAUUUGAUAAUACAAUAAUCUUUUCGAUUACUUGGUCAUUGGGGGCUGCAAUUAAUGAAUAAAAUCGAAAUCCCUUUAACACAUUCUUGCAUAAAUUAUUAAAACAUUAGUCCACAGGUUUAGACUUAGAAAUCAAUAGAAAAUUGUAAUUUCCAAUCAAUGAAAGAAUCGAUUAUUUUUUAUUUGGAUUUAUCAAUCAAAAAUGGGUUGAAUGGAUUGAUGUAUAAUAUGUUAUUAUUCCAUGUAGAUCUCUGAGUAAUUACAAAUAACUCUAAGCACUGAUUUUCAUCAGAUAGUUGUACCUACAAGUGAGUCAAACAGAAAUGACUUCUUUUGUAAAUUGGGAUUGCACUUUUUGUAUUGUGGACCAACAGGCACUGGUAAAUCUUUGUCAAUGACCAAGUUUUCAUAAUUUUUAAUAGCAUGUAGUGGCUAAACAACUGGAAAUAGUUUGUAGAGGUUGAUAGAAACCAAGAUCAAUAAAAGAAGAAGAAAAGGAUGUUAUGGAGCUGAGGAAGGACAUAUCACCAUCUUUGUGGAUGAAUUGAAUAUGCCAUUUAGAGAACCAUAAGGGUCACAACCAGCUAUUGAAUUAUUAAGAUAAUGGAUGGAUCAGGGUGGUUGGUAUGAUUUAGAUAAUAAGGAAUUCAAAUACAUGUGUGACAUAACAUUCUUGUGUGCUAUGUAACCAGCAAGUGGUGGUAGAAAUUAAAUUACAAUGAGAUAUCUUCGACAUUUCAAUUUAUUGUAUAUUGGUGGAUUCGAUAAUGCCAGUGUCACCAAUAUAUUACAAGUGUUUGUCGAUUGGGUGAUGAUCAAAUUUUGUGCUACUGAUGAAAUCAAAUCAUUUAAACAACAAUUAGUGUAGAACUCAUUGAACUUGUAUUAGUAGAUCUAAGAGAGUUUGUUGCCAACUCCUUAGAAAUGUCAUUAUAUCUAUAAUUUAAGAGAUGUGUUCAGAAUUUUUGAAGGCAUGAGUAAGGCUUCGAAAUUGUAAAGUAAAUCUCAGUUGAUGAAACUCUGGGUUCAUGAAUGUACAAGAAUAUUUGGUGAUCGUUUGGUAGAUUUCAAUGAUAUCAAGAUAUUUUAGAAUAUCAUAAAGGACAUAGUUGUGGAGGAUAGAAUUAACUUAAAUAACAUUCUGUGGAUUUAGGGGAAUAGUAAUUAACAGUAUGAUGAGGUUCUGAAUAUUUAACAUUUGAAGUAGAGAGUAUAAGGAAUGCAUGAUGACUUCAAUGCUUAAAGGUUUCAAAGCAAGUUGUCAUUAAUUUUGUUUACGAAUGCGAUUAUGCAUAUAUUUAGAAUAACUAGGAUUCUACAAUAGACUUUUGGUCAUGCUUUAUUAAUUGGAAUAGGAGGAACUGGGAGAUGUAAAUCUAAUAAUUAAUAAUAUCUUUAGCAUCCCUAGCCAAAUUAGCAACUUUUAUAGUAUUUAGAUCGGAACCAAUAAUAAUCGACCCUCGUUCUUGGAAUGAUGAGUUGUUGAAUACUCUAUUAUAAGUUGGCUUGGAUAAUUAGAAAGCCUCCAUAAUAUUCAAUGACUCCUAAUUACAAUAAUCUUAUAUGUGGGAAGAUAUUUGUAGUUUGUUGAGUCAUGGCGAAGUCACUCAUUUAUUCACUCCAGAAGAAAGAUUAAAGAUAUAGGAGGAGAUGCCAUUCUCAAAGUUCUUGUAGAUUUGUAAAUUUAAUGUUCAUGUCAUUUUAUGUAUGCAACCAGUUACAGAGUUAUACAGGAAGAGAUUAAGAACAUUUCCUACAAUCAUUAAUUGUACUACAAUAGAUUGGUUUAUGGAUUGGUCAAAUGAGGCUUUGGUGACUACAGCUGAAGAAUUUCUACCCAACAAUUCUCUUGUCAACGUAGCUGUUAACAUUCAUUGCAAAGUAUUAUAAAUAACUCAAAAAUAUAAUUCUGAACAGAGAAGACAAUUUUAUGUUACGCCAACCCAAUAUUUAUAAAUGUUGCAAACAUUUAAGCGACUUCAAAGAGAAAUAAGUGAAUAAUCAUUGGCAUUAAUAGACAGAUUUGAAUCUGGUAUUGAAAAGAUCAUUAAGACUCAAAAAGAAGUAGACAAAAUCAAAUUGCAACUAUUUGAAUUAUAACCAUAAUUAGAGUAGGCAACCAUCGAAAAUUAAAAGUUAUUAUAACGAAUUAAAUUAAAAAAAGAGGAAGCAGACUAAAAAAGAAGAUUGUGUGAAUAAGAUGAAAUGAUAUGUUAGAAACAUAGAGAUUAAGCAACUGAAUUGAAGAAUAUAUGUAUAACUGAAUUGAAUAAAGUGCUCCCCCUUUUGGGUUAAGCAACUGAAGCAUUAGAUAAAAUUACAAAAGAAGACAUGAUCUAAUUGAAAUCAUUCACUAAUCCUCCUUUAUCAGCUGCUGUUGUUAUGGAAGGUCUAUGUUAUGCAUUUUAAGAAGAUGAAAAAGUGAAAUCCAAAAACAAAGAACUCCCCGUUAUGUAAGAUUAUUGGGAUUAUGCCAAAAAGUAUUUAUUAAAUGAUAAAUUAAUAAAGAGAGUCAAAAAAAUGAAACUAGAAGAAAUAAGAUCCAUUAAAAUACUAAAUAUUCAGAAACUCUAAGUUUUUGUUCUCAAUCCUCUUUUUGAAAAAGAAAAGGUAUUUAAUGCAUCAAAGGCAGCCGGUAAUUUAGCAUAAUGGAUAAGAGCUGUUCUAGAGACAUACUAAGCUGUUGAGAUCAUUGAACCGAAAAAGGCCCAAUUACUUGAAGCUGAAAAAAAGCUUAAGGAAGCAGAAGCUGAUGUUUAAGUCAAACGAGCCAUCUUAGAACAGUAGUUGAAUGAACUUAAAUAAUUUGAAAAGGAAUUCGAAAGAGCCAAUUAGGAAAAACAAAUAAUUUAAGCCGAAGUGGAGACGAUUUAAAAACAACUUAAUAAAGCUGAAAAACUAUUGUUUGGUUUGUAAGAUGAAGCUUAAAGGUGGAAGAAAAAAGGAUAAAAAAUUAAAAACGAAUAGAUUGCAAUCGAAGGAGACUGUAUUUUGAGUGCUUCAAUAAUUGCAUAUUUGGGAGUAUUUCCUAUUUAGUAUAGAGAUGUCUGUUAAAAUUAUUGGAAAAAUCUAUUGAAACAAAAUAAUGUCAAAUUCUCAAGUGAUUAUGCCAUCUCCAAAUAAUUAUGUAAUCCAAUCAUAAUCAACAAUUGGAUUACAUAAUAAUUACCAAAUGAUUAACUAAGUAUUGAGAAUGCAAUCAUACUUAAAGAGUCUACAAAAUGGCCAUUAAUGAUUGAUCCACAACUCCAAGCCAAUUAAUGGAUUAAAAAUAUGGAAGAUAGCAAAUACUUGCUUAUCUUAAAUGCUAAUUAGCCAACUUAAUAAAUUUAAUUGCAAUUAGAACAUGGAAUAUAAAUUGGUUAUGCAGUUCUAUUAGAAAAUGUUGGUCAAACCUUGGAUCCAUUAUUUGAAUCAUUGUUGUAAUAAAAUGCAAAAUCUAGAUCAAAGAGAGCAACUAUGAAAUUAGGAGAUAAAAUAAUUGAUAUAUCUUCUGAUUUCAGAUUUUAUAUGACAACCAAAUUAAAUAAUCCUCAUUUUUAGCCAUAAGUUUGUGUUAUGGUUAAUAUGCUUAUCUUUUAAGUCACUCAAGAUGGCUUAGUUGACUAAUUGUUAAAUAUAGUUGUCAAGAUUGAUGAACCACAGAAGGAAGAACAAAGAUUGAAGAAUAUCCAAUAAUAUUUUUAGAAUAAGGAUAAAUUGAUGUAGACAGAGACAUUGAUAUUGAAAUUACUUUCAGAAUCCACAGGAGAUCUAUUAGAAAAUGAAGAUUUGAUUUAAACACUUUCAAAAUCAAAAGAUGAAAGUAUAGCCAUAGAGGAGAAGUUAAAAAGCUUAGAGUAUGAUAGAAUAAACUUUAUGCAAAUCAGACAAUUCUAUUAAUAAGCAGCUGAAAAGGUUGCCAAUCUUUACUUCAUAUUAAAUGAUUUGGCUGUCAUAGAACACACAUAUAUAUGGUCCUUAGAAUUUUAUUUCUUUCUCUACACUAGAUCUAUAAGAGAAUCUUAAAAUGAAAAGUUAAAAAGAAAUUAGAAUAUCAUAGAAAAGUUUUUAUAAAUUUUAUACACUUAAAUUAAUCGAUCACUUCUAGAGAAGGAUAAACUCAUAUUUCGAUUUCUAUUAUAUGUAAAGACAAUGAAUAUUCCAUCUGAAUUAAUUAGAGCCACUGUUAUGGGUUGCACCUUGACAUCAUCAGAUGUGUAAAUGCCCAAAGGAUUCUCAUGGUUGACAAAUAAAAUGUGGUUGGAAUUAGUGGAUUUAUCACAAUCCUUUCCUAACAUAUUUGGCAGUGUUUGCUAAGAUUUUAUAUCCUAAAAAUAGUUCUGGGAUAGCUUUUAUAACAGUUCUAAUUGUUAUCAAUUAUCAUUAAGAGGUUUAGAUUAAUUUUAAAUGAAUAUGUUGGUUAAGAUAAUCAAACCCGAAUAAUUUAUAUCUGCAACCAAUGAGAUGAUCAAAUAAUAAAUGGGUAAUCUCUUUCUGGAAAAUAUUCCAACAACAUUUGAGUAGUUCUACUUUGAGUCUGAUUGCAAAAUCCCUCUAUUAUGUAUCAUAACUCCUGGAGCAGAUCCGAGAUAAGAGAUCAUUAAAUUGGCUACCAAAUAUGAUUUUAAUGAUCGAUUUAAUCAGAUCUCACUAGGAUAAGGAUAAAACCAAUUAGCUAUCAAAAUGAUUCUAAGUGCCAUGUAAUAAGGGACUUGGGUUCUGUUAUAAAAUUGUCAUCUGGCUGCUUCAUUUAUGCCUGAACUUGAAAACUUAUUUGAAGUGCAAUACAAAAAAGAGAUGAAUUCUGAUUUUCGACUGUGGUUGACAUCUCAACCAACAUCCAUAUUACCACACAAUGUGAUAUUAAGAUGUAUUAUAUUAUUUUAUGAUAGCUCUCAAGAUCACUUAUGAAUUACCUCGAGGGCUCAAAAAUAAUAUGUUAAGAUCAUAUUAGCAAUAGGAGCCUGACAAAUUCGAGUAAUCCAAAAAAAUAAAGGAAUGGAAAAAUCUAUUCUUUUCAUUAGCAUUAUUACAUGCAUGCUUGUUAGAAAGAAAGAAGUAUGGUCCUUUGGGUUGGAAUAUUGGAUACAAUUUCUCAUAACAUGAUUUUGAAAUUUCAAAGGAAUAAAUCCAUUACUUUCUAGAGACUUAUUAAGAUAUUCCAUGGGAUGCUCUAAAUUAUUUAAUAGCUGAAAAUAAUUAUGGUGGUAGGGUGACAGAUCCAAUGGACAGAAAGCUUCUAAAAAUUUAUGUCAAUGAUUUCAUCAAUUCCAAAACCAUCCAAUAAGAUUAUCAAUUUUAUGAUAUUUAUUAGAUUCCUCAAUAAAUGAAACUUAAAGCUUAUAUGGAAUCCAUUUCCUAAUUGCCAAUCAAUGACCCUCCUUAGUUAUUUGGUCUUCAUUAAAAUGCAGAAAUCUACUCUUCAAUCUUAGAGACUGAAAAUCUUAGUUCAGUUGUUUUGCAAUUGCUUCCCAGAACUUCAAGUGAUUCAAAUCAAACACAUCCUGAUCAGAUUGUCUAUCAAAAAAGCAAAGAAAUCUUGAAGAACUUGCCUGAACAACUAGAUAGUCAAUUAGCAAAACAGAAGUUUCAAUAAAUUUUGUAAAAUCCUUUGAAUGCAAUCAUUCAUUAAGAAAUCACUAAAUACAACAAAUUAUUAGGAAAAAUUUCAGAAUCUCUUAGUAUUCUAAUAUAAGGUUUAGAUGGUCUUAUCAAUAUCUCUGAUUAAUCAAUAGAAAUAUAUAAUGCGAUUUUUGAUAAUAGAAUUCCAGAACAAUGGCUAACCUUUUCUUACUUAACUACUAAAUCUUUAGGAUCCUGGUUUAGUGAUCUAAUUAAAAGAACUGAGUUCAUUUAAAAGUGGAUAAAUUAAGGUCAACCUAAGGUUUUUUGGUUGGGAGGUCUUUUCUUUAUUUAAGGAUUCUUAACUGCUGUUCUGUAGACAUAUUCGAGAAAAUCAAAAAUUCCUAUUGAUUAAUUAAAAUUUGAGUUCAACUUUUUUUCUUAAGAACCAUAGACCAUAACAAGGGGUGUUUGUGUCAAUGGGAUAUCAAUAGAUGGAGCUCAAUUUGACCUUUAAGAGUAGACGCUCGUAGAACCUUAAAAUAAUAUCCUGUUCUAUCCUUGUCCAAUAAUCAAUUUUUGUCCGACUCAAUAGAGAAAAAUAAUCAAAAAUUAUUCUUGUCCCCUCUACAAUACAACUUAGAGAAAAGGAAUACUUACUUCAAAUGGAAUAUCUGUUAAUUUCAUUUGCAAAAUAAAAAUACCUAUUAAUAACAAUAAAAAUCAUUGGUCAAAAAGAGGAGUAGCAUUUAUUGUUUAAGCAAAUUGA